AUGGCCCGGUGCGGGGCUCUGCUCUGUCUUCUGCUUGCAGCCUCCUGCCUGCACGCCGGUGAGGCCUUCAGAUGCUUUACAUGUGAGCAGCCCACGGCCAUUCCUUUAUGCAAGAACAUCACUCGCUGCAAGCCGGAGGCCACGGCCUGUAUGACUACGCUGGUGCUGAUGGAGGCCGAGUACCCCUUCAACCAGAUGCCCCUGGUGACCCGGUCCUGCUCCAACUCCUGCUUUGCCACCGACCCCGACAGCAUGGGGAGCACCCGCGCUGUCUACUGCUGUUUCCGCGAUCUGUGCAACUCCGUGCAGGCCACCAGGCUCGGCGUCAGGGCCCUGGCCCCGCUGGGGGCCCCACUCCUUCCCUGA